GCGGCCCCUCCGCCUCACGGGCAGCCGCGGGGACAUCGCUCCCUGCAGGGCGGCCGGGAGUCCUGGUGGGAUGGGAAUUCCCUGGAAUGAUCCCAGGAUGAGGAUGAUCGAGAGCGUAGACUCCGUGGUGACCCGGUCCAGCGAGGACCUCUGGGCUGAGAUCUGCUCCUGUCUGCCGCAUCCCGAGCACAAGGACGCCGGCGAUGCCUUCACAGACUCCUUCAUGGAUUCCUACGCCGAGGGCAGCGGAUCGGGGGGCUCUUCCCAACCUGCCCUGAAGCCCUGGGCACCCCUGAAGGACUCAGAGGUGUAUUUAGCAUCCCUGGAGAGAAGACUGAUGAGGAUCAAAGGCCUGUCCCAGGAGGUGACCUCCAAGGACAUGCUGCGCACGCUGUCCCAGGCCAAGAAGGAGUGCUGGGACAGGUUCCUGCAGGAGAAGUUUGAGGCAGAAUGUUACGUUGAGGGCCACGAUGCUGACGAGAGCACGCUGGAGCACCUGAAGCGCUGGCUGCAGCCGGACAAGGUGGCCAUCAGCUCCGAGGAGGUGCAGUGCCUCAUCCCGCCCGAGCCGCAGCCCGAGAGGCCCGAGGCAGAGGAGGAGCCUCCGGCUGCCGAGCAGUGAGAGCCCCCGGCCCUGCCCCUUGUCCCAGCCCCCAGGAGGAUGUGCCCGGCCGUAGGAAUCGCAGGAAGGGGGGCGCAGAGCAAAUGGUCAGUCAUUGAAGAAGUAAUUUUUAAAAGAAAGAACCCCCAAGGCACCAAAUCCCAGCUCUGGAGCUCCGCAGGCAGCGGCUGGCACUGGUAGGGACGAGAGGGAACAUCUGUACCAAAACCUCAUGUGGAUCUUCUCCAGCCUGCAGCCACCUCAUCAUUCCAGCCUGGAUUGUUUGGAAUCCAUCAGGAGACACAUUCAACAACAAUAAUAACAACAAAAGCAGUUGUGGAGAAGCACCAGAGAACAUCACGGUCUAGAAUAGAGCAGAGAAACCACUGAGUCACUUUGGUCCUGUCUUUUACCUUUUCAUUACUCAGCUGGGCAUUUUUUUCCUCUCCUGCUAAAUCCACUUUGGUUUCUCCAGAUCUUCACUGUUUCAGUCUGAAUUGGCCCCAGGCUGUGCCAGGAAGAAGAUGGAUAUUUCCCACCUCUGUGAAUUUGGGACCCUGAAGGAAGAUCUCACUGCAGUCAAUAAAUUGGUGUCAUUGACAUUGUAGCUAUUUCACAUUCCUCUCUGUAAUGUUCCCCCUAAUAUCCCACUUUAUUGCCCAAACUCUCUAUUACAGACUGUAGGGGGAGUAUUUUUUCCUCUUGUUGGUCGUUUUGUACCUGUUCAGCCUCUCCAGAAAAAGAUCAGAUGAGAUUCUGUAUUGGGAAACCAAGAGGGGUAGCCAGGGAGGCUACAAACAACUUGUUUUCAUCACAGAAUUGCAUAGAAUUCUCUGACUUGAAAUAUAUUUAGUAUUUAAUUGUUUUUUUCGCCCUGCUUAACUCUUCAGAGGGUUAUUUCCUUUUACUAAUCCAAGAAUCUGUGAUACUGUGCUGAUUUUUCGCUGAUCUUGUGUUCUGCCUCGGCACCAACACUGGGGGUCGGUAGAGGGAAGCAGCACAGUCUGUCAGAGCUUCUUAGGGGAAAUUGUCGUUCUAGGAGAUUCAUGCCGUGUUCAUUUAUGUACCUGUUUGAAAAUACUUUUUUAGGAGUAAAUUUUUGCUGGAGCCUCGCAGUUUCCUGUCUCUGUACUCAAAUAGAGGCGCUGCUCUCUCAGUCACCGUGUCACAGCUCAGAGGUUGUUCCCACCAUCAGCAUUCCUGGUGUAACUCCCUCCCCAGCUCAGAAUUCUCCAUUAAAACAAUCCCUUGUUUUUUAAACCUUGAGGAAUGGGGUGAAUCAUCUGAGUGCCAGUGAUGCACAAGCCUCGUGUCUUGCUGGUUUGCUCAUUAAAUGUCCCUUUUAAUUUAUCCUUUAGCUGUCCUCUAUUAUGUUAAGUCUGUGUCCUUGUGCAGAUUUCUCUCACCUGAUGAGACAAAGCUGUGACAGAGAUGCAGAACUCUGAGCUGUUCCCAGAAAUGGUUUGUGCAGAGACAGAAAGCAGCAAUUUCUCUGUCCCCGGCCUAUUUCCCAGUCAAUAAAAUUCUUCUUAUGGGUAACAA